AAAGCGACAGUGCUAAGAGCGCCGCGCCGAGAGUCUAACACAAUUUUUCGCAAACUAAUCAAAGCAGCAAAUAUGGGUGGCAAAUAUAAGAUUGUUAUGGUACGCCAUGGCGAGUCCGAGUGGAAUCAGAAGAACCAAUUUUGCGGCUGGUUUGACGCCAAUCUGAGCGAAAAGGGCCAGGAAGAGGCACAAGCUGCGGGCAAAGCUGUUAAAGAUGCUGGCCUGGAAUUCGAUGUGGCACACACUUCGGUGCUAACGCGCGCACAGGUGACUUUGGCCAACAUACUGAAGGCCAGCGGUCACAAGGAGAUACCCAUCCAGAAGACCUGGCGUUUGAAUGAGCGUCACUAUGGUGGCCUGACCGGUCUGAAUAAGGCGGAGACGGCAGCCAAGUAUGGUGAGGAGCAGGUGCAAAUCUGGCGUCGCAGCUUCGAUACACCACCACCUCCAAUGGAACCUGGCCAUGCCUAUUAUGACAACAUUGUCAAGGAUCCUCGCUAUAAGGAUGGCCCCAAGCCGGAAGAGUUCCCAAUGUUCGAGUCACUCAAGCUGACCAUUGAGCGUACACUGCCGUACUGGAACGAUGUCAUCAUUCCACAGAUGAAGGAGGGCAAGCGCAUACUGAUUGCAGCUCACGGCAACAGUCUGCGCGGCAUUGUCAAGCAUUUAGAUAAUCUCUCUGAGGAUGCCAUUAUGGCUUUGAAUCUGCCCACUGGCAUACCUUUUGUCUAUGAGCUGGAUGAGAACUUCAAGCCAGUGGUGUCCAUGCAGUUCCUCGGCGAUGAGGAGACUGUAAGGAAGGCUAUGGAAGCUGUUGCUGCUCAGGGCAAGGCAAAGUAAAUGCCGACUGUUUAUCAGAAAGUCAUGUCCAGUGGCACAAUAUACAACAGCUUGAAGCUGCUGCUAUUCCCUUCUGCAUCGUUGUUGUCUUUAAUGUAGCGUUAUAGGCUUGAAAUCCCACAAACUACCGUUAAUAAAUAAUUUAUUUAAAAGGAA